CCAGAAGGCCACGAGACGUUGGGGGCCAUCAGGAAAGCCUCCUGGCCGGCCGCGCUUCUCUAAAUGACAAGGGGCCCGCUCUCCGGCCAAGUGGCGCGGUGAGAGUCCCCACGAGGCUCCUCCUGAGGGAGCUGUGGGAUGGAAGAAAAUACGAGCCCUGAAGCCGCACUUAUGAGCCUCUCGGUGGUCGGGCACGACUGCUGUGGCGGCCUCAGCAAUCUCGACCUCAGUCAGGCAGAUCUCUUCGUCAUGACCUGGCUGCUGGGUUACAUGGACCCCACAGAGCCCAGCUUUGUGGCGGCUGUGCUCACCAUUGUGUUCAAUCCGCUUUUCUGGAAUGUGGUAGCAAGGUGGGAGCAGAGAACUCGCAAGUUGAGCAGGGCCUUCGGGUCCCCCUACCUAGCCUGCUAUUCCCUGGGCAGCGUCAUCCUGCUUCUGAACGGCCUCCGCUCCCACUGCUUCACACAGGCCAUGAUGAGCCAGCCCAAGAUGGAGGGCCUGGAUAACAGCACCACCUACUUCCUGGGCCUUGCACUCCUGGGUUGGGGCCUCGUGUUUGUGCUGUCCAGCUUCUUUGCGCUGGGGUUCACGGGGACUUUUCUAGGUGACUACUUUGGGAUCCUCAAGGAGGCCAGAGUGACCACGUUUCCCUUCAGCGUACUGGACAACCCCAUGUACUGGGGGAGCACAGCCAACUACCUAGGCUGGGCACUCAUGCACGCCAGUCCCACGGGACUGCUGCUGACGGCGCUGGUGGGACUUGUCUACGUGGUGGCCCUCCUGUAUGAAGAGCCCUUCACUGCUGAGAUCUACCGACAGAAAGCCAUCAGGUUGCACAAAAGGAGCUGACAGGGCCAUGAGGGACCUGUGGAAAGCCGAUCUGGCCUCCAGGCUGCCCCAAGCAACAACCCUUCUUGGGGAGAGCAGCGCUGGCCACUGUACCUGUGCCUUGGAAACCAGUCCUGGGGGCCUCGGGCAUUAUGCAGCGUGACCACUGGGACCCCCAUCCCCACCCUGCCUCGACACACUAAUAAAGGCAUUGCGACCUCA